UGGGGUAUAGUGCCGCAGACACUGGAAGGCCAUGUGGAUUCUGUCAAAGCUAUCGCCAUUGCCCAACAGGACAGAGUAGCAUCUGCUUCUGUCGACCAAACAGUUCGGAUUUGGGACCUUACCACAGGGCAGUGCCUCAAAAUCUUAAAAAGUCAUACUGGGUGUGUCCGAAAACUUACUUUCAUACAGAAUGGAAAUGUCUUAGUGACCGCUGCCAUCCACUGUAUAGCCCAGUUCUGGGAUGUAGCGACAGGCGAGUGCCUUCAGACUCUCGCUGGCCAUACUGACAUAGACCGCGUGGUGAUCUAUGUCGAGGAUAAAAUGCGCAUUGCUACCUCUUUUGACAGUCAGGUGAACUUAUGGGAUCCUACCACCGGCCGAUGCAUUCAGACACUCAAGGGCCAUGGCGGCCGCGUCAGGGCCAUCACCUCUACUCACGACGGCAAGAUGCUUGCGACCUCCUCUAGCGAUACCACGGUGCAAUUGUGGGACUUACCCAGUGGGAAACAUCUCCACAGGCUCCAAGGCCAUGCAUCGUCUGUUAGAGUAAUCGUCUUCACACAUGACGGCAAGAUGCUAGCAUCAGCCUCUACUGACGGGAGCAUGCGGCUCUGGGAUUCACACAAUGGAAAGUGUCUCCAUGUGCUUGAGGGCCAUACAAAAGAGGUAACUGCUGCUGUCUUCAGCCCAGAUGACAGCGUGCUCGCAUCUACCUCAUAUGAUUGUACCGUGCGGCUCUGGGACCCGACGUCUGGGCAGUGCCUUCAGGCCCCCAAAGGACACGACGGCUGGGUGAAGAGCCUGGCUUUUACUAAAAAUAGCAAGGUACUAGCGACCGGGUCGACUGAUGGACAUAUCCAAUUGUGGAAUGUCCACACCGGACAAUGCUUGCAAACCCUG